AGAAAGCCCACAAACAAAAGCCAGCGCGCGCAAAAGAACCGGAAGUACUCCUUCUCCCCCCCUCGCUCGGUACGUGAGGAAGAAAGUACCGGAAGUCCGUCUCCGCUCCGGAUGCGGCUCUCGGCCUAGCGAAAGCCGGAGGGAAAAAAGCGUCAGCUGGCGGAGGGACUGAGGCGAAGGCGGCGCGAUGAGCGACGGCUCCGGGGACCCCGCCGCGGAGACCCCGCCCGAGGCCGGAAGAGGAGUCCGGAUCGUUGUCGAGUACUGCAAGCCCUGCGGCUUUGAGUCCGCGUACCUGGAGCUGGCGAGUGCAGUCAAGGAGGAGUAUCCAGAUGUGGAGAUCGAGUCCCGACUUGGAGGAACAGGCGCCUUUGAGAUUGAAAUAAAUGGCCAGCUGGUCUUCUCCAAGCUCGAGAACGGAGGAUUCCCCUACGAGAAAGAUCUCAUCGAAGCCAUCCGGAGGGCCAGAAAUGGGGAGCCGCUCGAGAAGAUCACCAAGAGCCGUCCGCCGUGCGUCAUCCUUUAGCCCCGCCCUCCCCACUUCCUGUCUUUUGAUGCCCCCCUCCUUUUCUCCUGCCCCUCACCCCAGCUGACUUCUAGCUCUCCUGACCUCUGCCUCCAGGUGUAAGGACCUGACUAAGUGGGGCUGCAGGAGCAGCGUCAAGGUAUUUUUGGUUGUUUCAGGCCAGGGAUCCUUAUAGGCAAGAGCCACAGGAAGGGAUUGUGGGGUGGGGACCUCGGGGCCUGUCAAAAUAGGCUGGGCAAGCCUUUCUCCUUCAGGGAAGUUCUCCUCAGCCCUCAUUUUUAGACGAGGAUGGACUCACGUCUUCACUUAACAGCCGCAUUUGCGAUCUGCCAUCUCAGCAUAGAGCUCUUCUCCCCCCCCCCCUUUUAGAACCUGGUCCUCUUUCUCGUGUGCGAUGUUGGGGCUUUGUUCUGGGAUGCAGGCUCCUUUUUCCUCCCCUUCUGACCAGAGCAAGCUCUUUAUAAGGCCUGAAGCACUGGAGGGACUUUUGCUAAAGGGUCUUGAAAAUACCACUCUGAGCAGGAUUUGUGCUAUAAAGGAGGUUCGGAAGGACAGCACGCCCCUCCUGUGUAGUGGAGAAUGGGACGGGAGCAGAGUUUUAAAUCAUUGCUUCCUGGCAAAAAAAACCCUCUCGCCGUGAGCAAUGCAGCAGUAGCAGCUAUACUGGACCCCCCCCAACACAGCUUUAAAGAAGGUCUUGUGUAAUUUAAGGUUUAACAUCCACCUUUCAGUGUCGAGCAUGACCCGGCUGAAUGUUUCCGAACAGGAAGGUUGGAGCUUACCGGAGCCCUAUGAAUUUUCGACAGGAAGUCCCUUUUUGGGCUUUUCUGCAUUAUUUUCCCUCGCUUGCACGUUCUGUUUCGGGGGGGGGGGAGUUCCGCCACGUGUUUUGCUCCUAGUGGUGUAUUCAGUAUUGCUGCACCAGUUGAUGUCUGACAUAAAAACCUGCAGUUUAAAUCUGCAGGGAGGUACAGUGGGCAUAAUUUGGAUGUAGUAUUGAAUCGACCACUAGAGGGAGCAAAAUGUGUGCAGAACAGACCCCCCCACCCCCUAAAGAAACAGGCACUUACAAGCAAGGAAAAUGAGAAUGUAGCAAAGCCCUCUGUUGCGCAGGAAAGGUCAGGUGCUUUGGGGGAGGGCCCGGACAUGGCCCCAGCAACAGGCAGGACUUAGGAGGGAUCCUUCCCAAACCUUAUUCGGGGGGGGGGGGGGAAAUGGGACAAAAGAGAGGAAUAGGCUGAGCUCUUUUUUAAAAACCACACCUGCCCAACUCGCUGUUUGCCAGCCAGGUGCUUGGAACCACUCAGGAGCCCCCUAGGCCGGUUGAAAAGAGGAAUGUGAACGAGUGGUAAGUUCCAAAGUUCUGUCUCUCAGUCUCAGGCUUCAGACUCUCAAGUCUGAAGCCUGAGACUGAGAGACAGAACUUUGGAACUUACCACUCAUUUACAUUCCUCUUUUCAACCGGAGCGCCGACGCUUUCCCGAACGUUUAAACGUCUGCCCGACUCUUGCCUGUCGCUCGCCAAGAGUUGUAGACCCAUUUUUAAGCAUUUACAAAAAAAAAAA